AUGGGCAGAGUGUUUGAGCAGCAGCAUGCAACCAUUGCCUUUGUAGCUGGAUUAACAGCUCCAAAGUUGGUGAACUACAAAAGAAUAAUCACCCCAAGCAACAUAAUUGAAGAUAUAAAAAGGAAACUUGGUUUGGACAUAGAUUAUAUGAAUGCGUGGAGGGCUAAAGAACGUGCUUUAAAGAUAUUGAGAGGGCUACCAACUGACGGAUAUAAGAAAUUGCCUGCCUACAUAUACAUAUUGAAUUUGAUUUAUCCCAAUUCAUAUAUAAGGAUGCAUAAGUCUCUAGAUAAUCAGUUCAUGUAUCUAUUCGUAGCACUACAACCUUUUAUUAGAGGAUUUAGUUAUUGUAGGCCUAUUGUGGUAGUAGACGGUAGUCACAUGAGAGGACCAUAUCAGGGAACAUUCAUUUCAGCUAGCACACUUGAUGGAGCAGGUCAAUUCAAGUGUGCUUUCGGUGAGCGGGAUAAUAUGUGUGUUGUCUCUGAUAGCCAUGAAAGCAUAAUCAAGGCGGUUAGUGUGGUCUAUCCAUGUAUACCACAUUUUGCUUGCAUUUGGCAUCUUUGGAAUAAUGUCUGCACAAACUAUAGAAAGAGCAAGGACAAGCUGACAAGAGAGUUCUUUGCCAUGGCUAAAGCGUACAAGUUGGAUGAUUUUGAUGAGCUUAUGUGUAAAGUGGGAAAGAUUGACAAUAGAGUUAAGGUAUAUUUGGAAAAUGUUGGAUUUGAAAAGUGGUCACGAGUUCAUGCUCCAAUAAAUAGGGGGAGGAUGAUGACUUCCAACAUUGCAGAAUGUAUCAACUCUCGUCUUGUUGAGGCUAGUGAACUGCCAAUUUUAGAAUUUCUUGAACAAGUCAGAAUCUUAUUUGGUGUGUGGAACCAAAAAAAUAGAGAUCCAUCUAGCUUUCUUUGUAGAAAAUUAUUGGGAGGUCGGUUUCAACAAAUUCUUCAAUUGAACGAGUCAAAGGCAUCACGUAUGAUGAUUAGGAAAUCAAGUAACUACAUAUACGGUGUGUAUGAAGAAGGAAGAAAAUACAUUGUCAGGUUGGACAAUAGAACUUGCAACUGUGGUAGAUUUCAGCUUAAUGAGAUACCAUGCACGCACGCCAUUGUUGUUUUGAAAAGAAAACAUGUAAAGAAAAUGAAGCCAUACUGCUCAGAUUACUAUAAGAAGGAGGCAUUGAUGAAGACUUAUGAAAUGUCGCUUUGUCUAACGCCCGAUAAACGAGACUGGAAAGUAACACCAGAGGUGUUAGAAGAUAUGGUUUUGCCUCCAAAAUAUAAACGCCUACCAGGAAGACCCAAGAAAG